UCUCCUGGUCGGAUGGACUGCGAGCCCCCAGGAUGUGGGGCUGGCUCAGAGGAAGCCCGCUUCUUUCUGAGAGUUUUUUUUUUUUUAAAAAAAAGCAGUUCUGGACGAGAGGGUCUUUCUCGCAUAUUUUCCUCUUGCAGGCCCAAAGUGUCCCUGAAAGGCGAACGGAAGAAUCAGAAUCAGCCAAAGGAGCCGCUCCUCACACCUUGCUGACAGAGGCAGAGGAGAAGACGACCUCGGAGACUGAUCCAGGGAGCGCAACUUCUCCGUCUUUGCAGAAGGAGCUUUUGCGAUAUCGUGACAUGGUGGAGGAGUGGGAGUGCCGCCAGCUGCAGGAAACCGUCCGCCUGGACAGCCUCCCCAGGGAUCCAGCUCCUUAUCGCCUCCUGGAGAAGGAAACCCUAUACCAGUGCUACGACCUCUUUCACCUCCUCCGUCUCCGGACGGCCUAUGUGACCAACCAUCGGGGCCAGCUGGUGGGCGUGGUGGCUCUCAAGGAGCUCAAGGCGGCCAUCGAAGUGUGCGUCAGCGGCACCUUAACCACCAAAUCCCAACAUCAGUCACGCGAGCUGGGAAUCCGGGAACGGAAGCCAUCGGAGGAGGUGGAACUCACAAGCCCCCCAGCAUAAAGUGGGAUGGAGGGGGGGGCAGGCCGUCAGGAGCAACCCCCCCAAAAAAAACCUCCCUGAAAGUCUGUGCAACCUCUUGUCGCGUGGCGUGACUCUUCACCCGCCCAGCCUUGCCCCCGACGGACAACAGACGAUGCCUGAAGGGUGAAAUAGGGUGGGAGACGGAGGCUGCUGCAAGAAAGAAUCACCAGAAAGGGGCAGAUGAUCGACCAACGAGGGGAAGGAGAAGCAUUUGGGAAAACGCAAAGGAUGGGAGUUUUCAGGGAACGUGACAGAGACAGCCUCCAAACCUCCCCGUUUUUUGUUUAGUAUUUUUGAGGACAAAAAACGGUCUCCUGAUGCCAUCUAGAUAGUGUGAGGGACUACUUACUCCCCAGCACCCUCUGGCCGAUGCUCCCUGCCAAAGUUUAAAUUUAAAAGAAUUCACCACUAGAGGGCGAAAGGGGGACUUUCCCAGUACUAAAAAAAAUGUAUAAUUUCUAAAUAUAAAGGGGAAAAUGGGAGUCUGGGAAGGAAAUAAAGCUCUCCAAGGUUCAGAAAAAAUGGUGAUGGAUGGCUCUCUAGAAGCCUGGAAGUCAUUCACCUGUGAUGGAGAGGGUUGUAUGGCUGUAAUACAGGGAGUGGUACCGCCCAGAGUGGUAAAAUAUACCAGAUAGGCGGGAUAUAAA